AUUAUAACAUUUUACAGUUGAGGACGACCGUUCUAAUUUAUAUAAACCGAAUAAAAUUAUAAUUCAUGAGCUCUAUAAUGACAAAACCUAUCACAAUGACAUAGCACUAGUACAAACCGAAAAGCCGUUCCAAUUCGGUGAUUUGGUGUUCCCGAUAUGUUUACCAUUUUUACAGAGACAACUCGACUACAACAAGAUGUACGUGACCGCUUUGGGUUGGGGAUUGACGUUGUUCACCGGCCCGAAAGCAGACACCCUCCAAAAAGUCACGUUGCAAGUUGUCAAUAACACGUACUGUCAAAAAAGUCACAACGUUGAGGUCCCACCAACAGAAAUUUGUACGUAUAGUAGUGGAAAGGACACGUGUACUUUUGACUCAGGUGGUCCUUUGGCCUGGUUCGAUAGUCACAAUAGAAGAUGGAAAUUAGUGGGUAUACCAUCUAGUGGUAUUGGUUGUGCCACCACUCUACCAUCAAUUAAUACCAGGGUCACUUCGUAUCUGCCCUGGAUUAGGAUCAACAGUAAGGGUGCGUAUCUAGAUUGAUAUUCAUUGACCUUAAUAAUACUUGUAAAAUAAAUUUCAGAUGCAGA